GCCAGACCAGUUCGAACCUCCGAGGCUUAUACCAAACGUGCAAGUGUGUCCAAGACGCGUGUCGCAAUUUGUCUGCUGAUAACUUGACUCUAAAUUCCACUUUGCUACACAUUAUCUUGAUUCUUAUUUUACACACACCGUAUACUCCACUCGUCCAAUCGAUUCGUCCCCGUCCGCCUCGUGCGCUGUCUAGACCCCCACGUCACGCCGGACACAUACCGCCGUUGUGCAACCUUGAUAUCGAAGCUCUGCGAACCAUAUCAAGUCCUACCAGACUUGCGCUUUUGACUGGACCCCCAAACUGCGUGGUAUUACCUACCGAAACCUAAUCACAAACUUUCGCCAUGGCUUUCCCUGCGUACGCACCCAAGGCGCGUGUCCAGAGACCUGCACCACCAUUUGCAGGCACCGCAGUCGUCGAUGGCACAUUUGAAGACCUCAGCCUAACGGACUACACCUCCAACAAGCAAUGGCUGGUCCUAGGCUUCGUCCCCAUGGCCUGGACCUUUGUGUGCCCAACGGAAAUCAUUGCAUUCAGCGACCGGGCCGCCGACUUCGCUGCGCGCGGCGCCCGCGUCGUCUUCGCCAGCACGGACAGUGAGUACAGCCUGCUCGCAUGGACCAACGCCAGCAAGAAGGACGGUGGCCUGGGUAAAAUCAACAUUCCGCUGCUGAGCGACAAGAACCACAGUGUCAGCAAGGACUACGGCGUGCUGAUUGAGGAGGAGGGUAUUGCGCUGCGUGGGCUGUUUUUGAUUGAUCCCCAGGGAACGAUUCGCCAGAUCACAAUCAACGACCUCCCUGUUGGCCGUAGCGUAGACGAAACUCUCCGUCUAAUCGACGCUUUCCAGUUCACUGACAAGUACGGCGAGGUCUGCCCUGCAAACUGGAGCCCAGGCGAUGACACCAUCAAAGCCACGCCCGCGGGCAACAAGGCUUACCUCGACAAGAUCCACCCCGACACCAACAUGUCGGAUGUAGCCAAGACAAACGGAACGUCGUGAUCGGGCAAUCGCAUUCGUGAGGUGGCUGGUUUGAUCUUGCCGUGUUAGCAUGCAUGCUUUUGUCAUCGCUGUUGCGGUGGCGGUGGCGCUUGUGGUGGCUUUUGUUUGCAUUUUGGCAUUGCUUUGGCGCUAGUAAAGACCUGGGUUAAUUUUGCUCUUCAACAAGAAUCGUCGAGGACCAUUUCGAGCAGCGCUGGACAUGUUUUGCAACCCUUAUCGUCAGCCAUUCCUGGCCUUAUUGUAGCUUACUACAGUCCAUAUCAUCAAGAUUUGCACAUUCAUGUGAAGUUGAUGAAGAACAUCGAGUUACCCACAAAAGAUGUGAUCAUCGUCUGCGCCCUAGUUGAGCUGUUGUUAGUCUGUAAGGUUGUACUUUGAGUGCAGAGAUAUUUGUAAUUACGUAGAAUCUCUAGGGUAGGCCAAGUUAACAGUUAACUAUAAUAUUAGACCUCAA